GUCUGAGACUCAAGGAAAUGACAAGAGAAUAAAACUCAACACUGUACAAGAGCCUCUCCCACUGCUGCUAGGAUGAGUGUCUCUCAGGAGAGAGAGGAGGCUGCAGGUCCCAGUAAAACACCCAGACCAGAGUCUGCAGCACACAGCUGUGUGCAACAAAGCAGCAAAGCAACACACUCUGGUGGAGGCCCACAGAUACACAGACCUCCAUCUCCAGUGCCCAGCUGUGUGUCCAUGAAGAGUGAUCAGUCCAAGGGUAAUAUGCCCUUCUUCAGCAGUGAACCAGUUCCAUCAGGUCUAGACCCACAGAUACACAGACCUCCAUCUCCAGUGCCCAGCUGUUUGUCCAUGAAGAGUGAUCAGUCCAAGGGUAAUAUGCCCCUCUUCAGCAGUGAACCAGUUCCAUCAGUUCUAGACCCACAGAUACACAGACCUCCAUCUCCAGUGCCCAGCUGUUUGUCCAUGAAGAGUGAUCAGUCCAAGGGUAAUAUGCCCUUCUUCAGCAGUGAACCAGUUCCAUCAGUUCUAGACCCACAGACACACAGACCUCCAUCUCCAGUGCCCAGCUGUUUGUCCAUGAAGAGUGAUCAGUCCAAGGGUAAUAUGCCCUUCUUCAGCAGUGAACCAGUUCCAUCAGGUCUAGACCCACAGAUACACAGACCUCCAUCUCCAGUGCCCAGCUGUUUGUCCAUGAAGAGUGAUCAGUCCAAGGGUAAUAUGCCCCUCUUCAGCAGUGAACCAGUUCCAUCAGUUCUAGACCCACAGAUACACAGACCUCCAUCUCCAGUGCCCAGCUGUUUGUCCAUGAAGAGUGAUCAGUCCAAGGGUAAUAUGCCCUUCUUCAGCAGUGAACCAGUUCCAUCAGGUCUAGACCCACAGAUACACAGACCUCCAUCUCCAGUGCCCAGCUGUGUGUCCAUGAAGAGUGAUCAGUCCAAGGGUAAUAUGCCCUUCUUCAGCAGUGAACCAGUUCCAUCAGUUCUAGAGUUAAGGGCUGACCUGACCCAGGAUCUAGGACCCAGGAGACACCUGCACACUGGACAUACACCAGGCAGAAAGAGGGAACUAGAUGAGGACCUGAGGAGAGUUAUAAAGAAUCACAAAGCCAGUCUAGAGAGGAGGUUUGAGAACAUCUCUGAAGGCAUCAUCAAACCAGGAGCUGAGAUACUCCUCAAUAAGAUCUACACAGAGCUCUACAUAACAGGAGGAGAGAGUGAAGGGGUGAAUAAGGAACAUGAGGUUUGGCAGGUAGAGUCAGCAUCCAGAUUUCAAUCCACAGAGGACAUACCAAUCAACUGCAACGACAUCUUCAAGCCCUUACUUGGACAGGAGAAGCACAUCAGAACUGUGAUGACCAAAGGUGUUGCUGGUAUUGGAAAAACUGUCUCAGUUCAGAAGUUCAUUCUUGAUUGGACAGAUGGGGUAGCCAAUCAGGAUAUAGAUUUUAUGUUUCCCCUUUCUUUCCGUGAGCUUAAUUUAGUCAGGGGUGAUCAGUAUAGUCUUCACAGGCUCCUGCUUGACUUCCACCCUGAGCUGAAGAAGCUGAAUGAUGCUGAAGGAUAUAAAGACUGUCAGGUUGUGUUCAUCUUUGAUGGUUUGGAUGAGAGUCGGUUGACUCUGGACCUGGAGCAGAACAGUGAGUUGUCUGAUGUGAAACAACCAUCAUCAGUGGAUGUUCUGAUGACGAGCCUCUUUCAGGGAACUCUGCUUCCCUCUGCACUCAUCUGGAUAACCUCACGACCAGCAGCAGCCAGUCAGAUUCCUGCUCAGUAUAUCAACCUGAUAACAGAAGUACGAGGAUUCAGUGACCCACAGAAAGAAGAGUACUUCAAGAAGAGAAUCAGUGAUGAGAGUCAUGCCAACAGUAUCAUCUCACACAUGAAGGCAUCCAGAAGUCUCCAUAUUAUGUGCCACAUUCCAGUCUUUUGUUGGAUUGCAGCUACUGUACUUCAGCAGAUGCUGGAAAUGAACAUUGAAGACAUUCCCAAAACACUGACUGAGAUGUUCAUACACUUCUUGCUCAUCCAAACCACAAGACAGGAUCAGAAGUAUCAGAGUGGAUCUGAAAAAGGUACAAAGAAACUACUCAAAUCUCAGAGGAAAAUUUUACUGAAGCUGGCAGAACUGGCUUUCAAGAGUCUAGAGAGUGGCAAUCUCAUUUUUUAUGAGAAAGACCUGAAAGAGUGUGGUAUUGAUGUCAGUGAAGCUUCAGUGUACUCUGGCAUGUGCACUGAGAUCUUCAAGACAGAAUCUGUGGAAUCUCAAAAGAAGAAGGUCUACUGCUUUGUGCAUCUGAGUGUCCAGGAGUUUCUGGCAGCGGUGUUUGUGUUUCACUCAUAUUUGGCUAAGAAACGUAAGGCAUUGAAAUGCUUCCUCCGUGAAAAGGAAAGAGAUGAACUCAAUCCAUCAUUUUUUUCUAAUGUUUUAUCAGCAUUUGGAGGACAAACUCAAGACAACUUACAUGUUUUAUUGAAGAGUGCAGUUGAUAAGGCUUUGGAGAGCCAGAACGGACACCUGGAUCUCUUCCUUCGCUUCCUUAUGGGCAUUUCUCUGGAGAGAAAUCACACACUUCUGCAAGGUCUACUGAGCAACACACACAACAGCUCAAAUAGUAUCAAGGAAAUAUGUCAGUACAUGAAGGAGCUCAACAGAGAAGGUCUCUCUCCUGAACGAUGCAUCAAUCUUUUCCACUGCUUAUUUGAAAUGAAUGAUGAUUCCAUGCACAAAGAAAUUCAGACAUACUUGUCAUCACCAAAGAACAUCACCCAGGAGCUUUCUCCUGCCCACUGUUCAGCACUGGCCCACAUGCUUCUGAUGUCUGAGGAGGUGCUGGAUGAGAUUGAGCUAAAGAAAUACAACACAUCAGAUGAGGGACGUAGGAGACUGCUCCCAGCUGUGAGGUGCUGCAGAAAGGCACGACUUGCUAAAUGCAUACUCUCUGAGAAGUCCUGUGGAAUUGUAGCUACUGCUCUACAGUCACCAAACUCCCUGAUAGAGCUGGACCUGAGUCACAAUCACCUGGGAGAUUCUGGAGUCCAAUUUCUCUCUAAGGGACUGCCUAGUCCCCACUGCAAACUGCAGACCUUAAGACUUGCUGAAUGCAAACUCUCAGAGAAGUCCUGUGAAAUUGUGGCUACUGCUCUACAGUCACCAAACUCCCUGAUAGAGCUGGACCUGAGUCACAAUCACCUGGGAGAUUCUGGAGUCCAUCUUCUCUCUAAGGGACUGCCUAGUCCCCACUGCAAACUGCAGACCUUAAGACUUGCUGAAUGCAAACUCUCAGAGAAGUCCUGUGAAAUUGUGGCUACUGCUCUACAGUCACCAAACUCCCUGAUAGAGCUGGACCUGAGUCACAAUCACCUGGGAGAUUCUGGAGUCCAUCUUCUCUCUAAGGGACUGCCUAGUCCCCACUGCAAACUGCAGACCUUAAGGCUCAGUCAGUGUGGUAUCUCAGAUGAAGGUUAUGUGUGUCUGGCUCUGGCUCUGAUGUUAAACCCCUCCUGUGUGAAAGAGCUGGAUGUGAACAACAAUCAUCCUGGAGAAUUAUUCCACAGUAUGUGA